AUGGAGUCUACCGAUGCGGAUUUCUUAACCUCUCCAGCCUCCCUCCUCGUGGCCUUGGUCACAAUUAUCUUUCUAUUCAACCGAGUAUGGCCCCAUUUAUCUCAGUCUAAAGCCGAUAAAAUCAUUGAGUCCAUUGCAAGCACCUCUUCAAACAACUCAGACUUGGCUGUUUCCAAAGAGCCCGAAAUCCCAGAAGGAUGGUGGAGCGGUCGGGAAGUCUUCGAGCUCGAACGACGCGCCCUCUUCAGCCAAACAUGGGUCUACCUUGCCCACAGCUCCCAGUUUGAGAAGCCUGGCUCGUAUCAAUCCUUUGACGUUGCCGGGUUCCCGGUCUUUCUCAUUCGCGGUAAAGACGACAAGAUCCGCGCAUUUCAUAAUGUCUGUCGCCAUCGUGCCUAUACUAUCACCAGGAGAGAGACUGGUGCCUCAACUAUUCUUGGUUGCCGGUAUCAUGGCUGGAGCUAUGAUACCACUGGUCGGCUGGUGAAGGCUCCUCAGUUUGAUGAUGUUCCAGGGUUUGACAAAUCGCAGAAUAGUCUGUUUGAGGUUCAUACGUAUGCCACUGACCAAGGGAUGAUUUUUGUCAAUCUGAAUUCCGGUGAGCCGGCUGCAUUUGACAGUGAGAUGGCUUUGACUUUGAGUGAAUUCGUGCCCAUAGCUGGCCUAGACGCCAAAUCCACUUGGGUUGCUGGUCAGACUUUGUCGGGAGACUUCAAUUGGAAGCUUGGAGGUAAGUAA